AUGUUUUUGGAAUUUCUAUCACGCCGAUACUGGAAACAGUUCGCUGCCAUCGCGACCGUUCACAUCAUUACGGCCAGCUAUGGAGUGACGGUUGGAUGGCCAGCACCGAUCAUACCGUUGUUGCGGUCUCCGGAUACGCCGCUCCCCGGUGGACCAGUUACGGUGGAGGAAGCGUCCUGGAUUGGGGCCACACUGUGCAUCGGUGGUACGAUCGGCACGAUACUCUUCGCCCUCAUCCAUACGCAUUUUGGCAAGAAGGUGGCGUUGCUGCUUAUGUCAGUGCCACACCUUAUCCUGUGGACUUUGAUACUCGUCGGUGACAGUGUGUGGUACAUCUACUGGGCUCGCUUCUGCAGCGGCCUUACCGGAGGUGGUGUUGUCAGCGUCGUGCCACUCUACAUUGCUGAUAUUGCGGAUAAAAGGAUUCGUGGAACGCUAGGAUCGCUGACGAUCAUUUUCAUCAACAUUGGGCUAGUGUUUAUCUACGCGGCAGGAAACUAUCUACCGUACUAUGUGAUACCGAAGAUUAUGCUUGCUGCUCCGGUUGCGUACAUUGUCCUGGUGAGCUUUCUACCGGAAACACCCUACUGUUUGCUGCGCAAGGGUCGUCUACUAGAGGCGGAACAGUCUCUCAUGUUCUAUCGUAAUAUACCGGACGAGCGACACCGUACGGUCGAGUUCACGACGGAGUUUGAUGAAAUGAGGAGUUUUAUCCUCACGGAAUGCUCGCAGUCCCGUAUCUGUUGGGCUGACUUUACCACACCGGAAGCGAAACGAGGCCUCUUCAUCGGUGUGUUCGUGAUGGCACUGAAUCAGUUCAGUGGCAUCUUCGCCAUCCUCACGUACGCUGGCACAAUCUUCCAGAUGUCCGGUACGGGGAUUGACCCGAACUUGGCGCUGGUUCUCUUGGCUGUUCUGAACAUCAGCGGUAAUGUCACCUCGUUCACCAUCAUUGAUCGUGUGGGGCGCAAGAUAUUGCUGCUCGUAUCAGCAACUGGGGUCGGUUUGGCACUGGCCGUGCUUGGUGUUCACUCCUAUCUGCUCACCAGCGGCUAUAACCUGCAAGGUGUCGAAUGGUUACCCGUGUUGGCACUGUCCUUAACACUCUUCCUAGCCGCCAUCGGUAUUACCAAUAUUCCAUUCUUCAUCGUACCGGAAGUGAUGCCACCGAAAUUGCGUAGUAUCGGAAGCACUAUUAGUGCCACACUGCUGUGCAUGUUUGCGUUCGUCUGCGUAAAGCUCUACCCCAUCCUGAUGGAGACCAUCCACAUCCAUGGUACGGUUUGGAUAUCGUCGGCUGUUUGCGGGGUCAGCGUGUUCAUCAUCAUCUUCCUAGUACCGGAGACAAAGGGGAAAAACUUAAACAUACAAAGCGAACCCAAAAUGAACCUGAUCAACCUGUCGCAUGGAGCUGCAUUAGGAUGGGUUUCGCCAUAUCUGCCGGUGCUGAUGUCUCCGGACCAAACACUGCUCGACAAUGGACCCGUCACGGUAGAACAGGGAUCAUGGAUAGGAUCGAUUCUUUGUCUCGGAGCGCUCUUCGGUGCGUUCCUGUAUGGAUAUUUGGUGGAAAAGAUUGGCAUCAAACGCACUCUGCAGGCACUUGUCAUACCUCAUUCCGCAUUUUGGGUUAUUACCUACGUGGCUACCUCCGUUCAUCAGCUGUAUCUGGCCCGAUUUCUCGCGGGUCUGUCUGGCGGUGGAAUCAUCGUCGUUUUCCCGCUGUUCAUUGCGGACAUAUCCGAUAAGAAAAUUCGGGGUAUUCUCGGUUCCUUCUUGGCGCUGACGAGCAACGCUGGGAUCUUGCUUAUGUACGUCAUCGGUGAUGUGUUGUCGUACCAUACAGUGUCCCUUACAAUGCUGGUUCUGCCCCUGCUCUUCACCGUGCUGAUGUGCUUCGUUCCAGACACGCCGCAAACGUGUCUCAAGAUGGGAAAAGCCUCAGAAGCGGAACGGUGUUUCAUGUUCUAUCAGGGUAUUAAAACACCGGCAGAAAAGACCAGUGCCUUCCGCCAGGAUUUUGACAAUAUGGAGAAGUUCAUCGAACACAACGCCGGACAGAGCUCGGGCAUCACUUUGGCUGACUUUAAAUCACACGAAGCCAAGCUGGGCAUCUUCAUCGGUGUGUUUCUAAUGUUCAUCAACCAGUUCUGUGGCAUCUUUGCGAUCCUCACGUAUGCGGCCUCUAUCUUCGCUGGUGUUGGUUCCACGUUAAGCCCAAACACGUCCGCCAUCAUUAUGGGAACGAUCCAGAUCGUUGGUACGCUAUCGUCGUUCGUGUUUGUUGAUCUAGCUGGCCGGAAAGUUCUGCUCAUCAUUUCCACCUUCGGUACCGGGCUGGGGCUUUUCUUGCUGGCUGUGUUUAACUGGUUUACGGUUAAUGGUUCAGCUGGAAGUUGGCUGCAGGAUUACAGCUGGUUCCCCAUCGUAAGCCUUUCGGCAACGGUGUACCUCUUCUCGAUAGGGCUGUGCAGUAUUCCAUUCUUCGUACUGCCGGAAUUGCUACCACCAAAGAUAUGCAAUGCUGGCAACACCCUAAGCAUGGUUUCUAUUACGAUAUUUUCGUUCAUCAGCCUAAAGAUAUUCCCCGUAAUGGUUGAGCUAAUCAAUCUGUACGCUAAUCUCAUCGCACUUGCUCAUGGCUUCACACUCGGCUGGGUGUCACCUUCGCUGGAAUAUUUGCGAUCAAACGAUACGCAUCUCGCUGGAGGACCGAUGACGGUCGAAGAGAUCUCCUGGUUGGGCUCAUCGCUCUGCAUCGGCGGAAUGAUUGGGGUGCCGAUUUACGGAUCACUCGCCGACCGGAUAGGCAAACGCAAGGCUUUGCAGUGUAUCGCGGUUCCGCAUGUGGCUUUCUGGAUGUUUGUCAUCUUCGGAACGGACGUCGUACAGCUAUGCGUUGGCCGUGUGUUGGCCGGUGUUGCCGGUGGUGGCAUCAUACGCAUCGUGCCGCUCUUUGUGGCCGACAUUGCGGAUCCUCGGAUUCGUGGCAUGCUUGGAUCGCUACUACCCGUCUGCUUUAAUCUUGGCACCGUACUAGCGUUCAUACUCGGAACGCUCGUGCCGUUUGGAACGUUUCCUCUAGUAGUGCUUGCGCUGCCAGCAGUCUUCAUGAUUGCCAUCAUAUUUCUCCCAGAAACACCGGCCUGUUUGCUGCGUAUCUACCGGAACGAGCAGGCGGAACGAUCGCUCAUGUUUUACCGAGGCGUACGAGGACACUUUGGAAAAUCCGACUCAUUCCGGCAAGAGCUCCAGCAGCUAAAGGAUGUGAUAGAGCGCGAAAGGACGGCUCCGGAUGCUGCCCUGUCGUGGAAAGACUUCGCCACGAAACCAGCCCGCCGGGGUCUUGCGAUGGGUAUGCUUCUGAUGCUACUUACCCAAACCAGUGGCACACUAGCCCUUAUCACCUACGCCAGCAGUAUCUUCGAGCUGGCUGGGCCUCCGUCAGCCACCGGACAAUACGCCAUCCUUCCUGCUUCACUAUCCUCCAUCGUACUGGCCACGGUACAGCUGCUCGGAACGAUUCUCUCACUGGCGCUGGUCGAUCGGAUAGGGCGCAAGAUCCUGCUGAUCGUGUCAUGCCUUGGUGUGGCCAUCGGAUAUCUCACCCUGGCCGGUUAUGUGCAAUUUUACCUAUCAUCAGCUCCGGACGAUAUACCAGCAGGUGUCGGCCAGUUCCUGCCCAUCUGCAGCCUGUCCGUUAGCAUCCUGCUAGCCUCGAUCGGGUUGCUUACCGUGCCGUUCGUCGUCAUGGCCGAGGUGUUGCCGUCGAAGAUAAGAAACAUUGGCAGCACAAUCUGCAUGACGAUCGUCGCUUUGUCCGCGUUCUUCGUGCUGAAGCUGUUCCCGGUUUUGCUUGAUACGGUCGGACUGGCGGGAACUAUGGGAGGACUCGCGUUGGUUUGCGUCGUUGGAGCUAUAUUAAUCAUACUGUUUCUACCAGAAACGCGUGGCAAGUCACUGUUGUCUACCACAGAAAGUGAAGAACCACCAGGUAAUGGGAGAGUUGACGGUGUUUAAACGAACUUAAAGAAAUGUGAUAAAUGACAAAAUCGAACUUAAAUAAAA